AUGUCUCCACUUCUCCUGGUGGAACAGAUAUGGGACUCAGAUGUUUUCCAAUCAAUUUCUGACGUUAUGGAAUUCUGCCUACCAGAAGAAUACUCUAUGCUAGCCAAGAUAGUUGAUAUGCUCCCUGGAAAGCCAGGAUCUCCUGUCACUCCUUUUUUAUCUCUUGUUGUUAAUACUAAUGUUUUGGAAGGGAUAGAGGGGACACAGGCUAUUUCUGCAAGACGCAAUGCCACAGCUGCCACAGCACUCAGCAAAGAAGAUGAAAAUUUGCUUGGGGCUCUUCUAGCAAGAAAAAAGGCUGCAUUAGCCUCAGAAGCUGAGGCAGAGAAAUCUGCUACGCGUAAGAGAGUAGCAGCAAUGUUGGCUGAUGAAGAAGAUUCUGAAAGAGAUGACCUACAUGGCAAGAAAAUAUGUUUGAAUGGUGAUGAUAAUGACAACAAUGAUAAUGAGGAUGUUGCUGAUGAUGAUGACAAUGCUGAUGAUGGCAAGAAUAUGAUAGAUCAUAUCCUUGUUCCUGCAGAAAUAUUUAGUGAUGAUCAAGAUAAUUCUGUAGUACCUCCUUUACAGCCUCUAUCAGAUGAUAAUGAGGAGAAGGAGGAGGAGCAGAAGGAGGACAACAAUAAUGAGGUUGUAAGAGGAACAGAUUCCACAGCAGCAGAGAAUGACAGUGGCCUAGUGGACAAAAUGAAGGAGAGAUACAAGACAAUCAGGUCCUCAAGUCUCAAUUACUACAAUAUAUGUGGAAAGGUUCUACACAGCAUCAAAAACAUCCACAAGGACAAACUAAGUGAUAUGAUCCAUUGGAUCAUAAACUCAGAAGCUUUUAUCAAUAACACCAUAGAUUUAAAGCACAAAGGUGGGGUCCCGAAGGUGAAGGUAGAAAGUAUGGUAGAAAAAAUAACCCAUAUCUACACAAUCUCCCUACUUUGGCUCUAG